GUAGCAGGAAAAUUUCAGGUGAGAUUGUUCUUCAGCGAGCUCGGUUAUCGGGAUAUCCAAUGUAAUGAUGAAUAGGACAGGGAGGAAGAAAGUUGUAUAAGAAGUGGUAGCUCCUUCACCAACUUUGACAAGAAUCAUCAACAAGCACUUGACCAUUCUCAACAUCUCCAUACGAAGAGCAAGACAAGAAAACAAAUUCCCACGAAUAUAACGGAUAAAGCAAACAUGAAGACAAUCUCGUCCAUUGCGCUUGUGGCAUAUCUCGCCUACGAGGCUUCUGCAUUGCCAGUUGCCAAGAGCGACAAGCCAGUUGGAACUGAUAAUGGCGUCACCAAGCACGUCUUCAAGAAGGCAGAGACACCAGCUCCUCUCCUUUACGGCUACGGUCAGGAAAAACGGGAGGAGACACCAGCUCCUCUGCUCUAUGGCUAUGGUCAGGAGAAGCGUGAGGAGUCAACAACACCAGCUCCUCUCCUUUACGGAUAUGGCCAGGAAAAACGUGAAGAGACUCCAGCUCCUCUUUUGUAUGGUUACGGCCAAGAGAAACGUGCCGAAGCUGUAGUUCCCACUCCCCUCUUGUAUGGAUAUGGUCAAGAGAAGCGUGAGGAGACUCCAGCUCCGCUUCUUUAUGGAUAUGGUCAAGAGAAGCGUGAGGAGACUCCAGCUCCGCUUCUUUAUGGAUAUGGUCAAGAGAAGCGUGAGGAGACUCCAGCUCCGCUUCUUUAUGGAUAUGGUCAAGAGAAGCGUGAGGAGACUCCAGCUCCGCUUCUUUAUGGUUAUGGCCAGGAAAAACGUGCCGAAGCUGAGACUCCCGCUCCCCUUCUUUAUGGUUAUGGCCAGGAAAAACGUGCCGAAGCUGAGACUCCCGCUCCCCUCUUGUACGGAUAUGGUCAAGAGAAACGUACCGAAGCUGAGACUCCUGCCCCUCUUGUACGGAUAUGGUCAAGAGAAACGUGCCGAAGCUGAGACUCCCGCCCCUCUUGUACGGAUAUGGUCAAGAGAAACGUGCCGAAGCUGAGACUCCCGCUCCCCUCUUGUACGGAUAUGGUCAAGAGAAACGUGCCGAAGCUGAGACUCCCGCUCCCCUUCUCUAUGGAUAUGGACAAGAAUAAAUGGUGAACACCCCAAUCCACAAGUAAAGUUAUUCAGCAACUUGCUAAUACUUGAAAUAGAGCCACAGGACUCACAUUCAAACAAGACUAGUAAUUGAUGUGAAGUCAUCGCACUGAACGCAACGGCGAGAGUACAGUUUUGUAUAGGAAGAUUGGUAUAUGAAGAGCUUGAUAGUGGUUUCGGUUUCCACUUGGAAACGGUAUUUUUGGUGCAGGAUUGAUGAUUUUAGGACGCAUAUGAUAGGAUAGAUACAGAGGGCUCUUCAUUAUGCCUGUACAAGCAACGUAGUAUCAUCUCCUAAUAAAUUGAAUGGGGAAUUCUCUUAUACUUUUGUGUUGAAUGAAAAUUG